CGAAGCCGCCACUGGCUGGAAAAUGUGAGGUAUAUUGAUGUGCAUUGUUAAAGCCUUAGUGAUGUGCUUGAAAAGAUAACCUAAGGAACAAGUACGGAGGGUUCUGGCAGCUCUGAGGACUGGAUUGUAGGGUUGUCGUCCGCAUUGCAGGUGCAUAACAGAUCCAAGAGAUUUGCUGGCUUUUUGGAAAAGUGCAAUACUUGAGCAGGAGGGGAUUCUCCUGGUUCUUACGCAGCAGGAAUAGUCCCUCUUAGCAUUGCUAUUGGUGGAUUUCCAGUGGGUCUUGCAACGAUGUCUCCGGUCUCCUAAAUUCACUGGAUAUCAGAAUGGCAGCAACGAACCUGGAGAACCAGCUGCACAGUGCCCAGAAAAACCUCCUCUUUCUCCAGCGGCAGCAUGCGGAUACACUCAAGGGGCUGCAUGCUGAAAUUCGACGGCUGCAGCAGCACUGUACAGAUCUGACGUAUGAGUUGACGCUCAAAAGUUCAGACUCAACAGACAGUGGGACUUCAAGAAGUGAGGAACUCAAAAGAAAAUGUGAAGAACUCGAGGCCCAGCUCAAAGUGAAAGAGGCCGAAAACAAUGAGCUAUUAAAGGAAUUGGAGCAAAAGAAUGCAAUGAUAAUGGUGCUUGAGAACACCAUCAAAGAAAGGGAAAAGAAAUAUUUAGAAGAGCUAAAAAUGAAAAGCCAUAAGUUAAACAUGCUGUCUAGUGAACUGGAGCAGCGGGCCGGCACGAUCGCGUACCUCACCUCGCAGCUGCACGCAACAAAGAAAAAGCUUAUGAGUUCGAGCGGGACUUCGGACAGCUCUCCCUCUGGAAGCCCCGUGAUGUCUAACUACAAACCAGCCCCUCCCAAAGAUAAGCUCCCAGAGACGCCACGGAGAAGGAUGAAGAAGAGUCUGUCCACCCCGCUCAAUCCAGAGUUUGAAGAGGCCUACCGACUGGGAUCAGAUAGCCGCAAGCUGUUGUUAAGGGAGCCCGUCGAUGCGAUGCCUGAUCCGACUCCCUUUUUACUGGCCAGGGAAACCGCCGAGAUGCACCUUCUUAAAGAGAGGCCUUUAGUCAUUCCGCCUAUUCCUUCCGAACGCACUUCUGCAGAGCCACACAGCCCAGCGCGGGAGAAGCAGCACAAGGCCCACGUUGGCGUGGCUCACCGAAUCCAUCAUGUUACUCCGCCCCAGGCUCAGCCGGAGGUUGAGACACUAGCCGUGGAUCAGGUGAAUGGAAGCAAAGUGGCCCGAAAGCAUUCAGGGACGGAUAGAACUGUUUAAGCCAAACUGAUCGGAGGCGACUCCCUUACACGCACUGUGAUCACAAAUAGGGUUAAUUGCAUCUGCAGUAAAUUUUUGUUUCUCCCUUUCGAAUGCCCCCAUGCAUGCCAAAUUCUUUCCAUCACUAGAAUAACUUCCUUCAAUGGAAUCCCAAUAUGACUGUGUUCAUAUUGCAGAAUAUCUACCUAAUGAAACGCUGUGGCCAAACUCAGGUGUCUGCCUGACUGCUUGCUUCCAAUGCUCCUUCAUUUAUUCUAAGUGUAAUUGUGGGCAGAUGCCCAGGCGACGGCCUGCGUCAUUAAUCUGUAGCAAUGGCGGACUCAGCCUUCUAACGAUAGUCCUGCAGCUGCUCGUGUGCAUUGGCUGCUAAUGGUUCAAGCCCCCCUUGUAUGUAUCACUUCACACAGUCAUGACAAAUCCUUCUUUUUGGAGGGCAGGGCAACGCUGACCGCCGUGCAGACGCCUGCGUUGAGGAAAGACCAGCUGAGCGAGCCUCCCCACCCAGCCUCUCUCACGUGCUCCCGAUCUUCACGCAUUCUUAUUUUCUGUUAUGUUUCUAUCUACUACUAAAGUCCCAACAAACUCUAUUUUAUUAACCCU